AUGAUUGGAAACAACGGGGCAGCUACUCAGUUACUUGGGAAGAUGGAAGAAAGAGGAUGCGAGCCUGACAUAGUUACCUAUAACACCGUCAUCGACAGUCACUGUAAGGAUACACUAGUUGAUGAAGCAUUGAACCUCUUCACAGAAAAUGAUGGUAGAGGUAUUGCUCCAGACGUUGUUACUUACAACUCUUUGAUUCAAGGAGUCUGCAAUAUCGGCCAGUGGAAAGAAGCUACAAGGUUGUUGAAUGAAAUGGUGAGUCAAAACAUCUUUCCCGAUGUAGUCACUUUCAAUGUCUUGGUUGAUGCACUUUGUAAGGAGGGGAUGGUCGUGGAAGCCAAAACUGUGGUUGAGAUGAUGAUUCAAAGAGGAAUCGAACCUGACACAAUUACAUACAGUUCCCUUAUGGAUGGUUACUGUUUGCGAGGAGAAAUGGACGAGGCCAAAAAUGUCUUUGAUCUAAUGGUUAGCAAGGGAUCGAUGAUUAAUGUUUGUAGUUGUAACAUAUUGAUAAACGGAUAUUGCAAGGGUAAAAAGAUUGAUAAGGCUUACAAGAUUUUCAAGGAAAUGCGUCAUAUGAAACUUGUUCCUGAUACUGUUACUUAUACCACUCUUAUUGAUGGUUUUUGCAUAGUGGGGCGAAUACAAAAAGCAGAAAAGCUGUUCUCUCAGAUGCAAGGUUGUGGCCAACAUCCAAAUAUUCAAACUUAUGCUGUUUUACUUGAUGCCCUAUGUAGCAACCAGCAACUUUCUAAGGCAAUAGAAUUGCUUAAAGAGAUGAAGGACAAGAAGCUGGAACUGAAUAUUGUAAUUUACAGUAUUAUUAUUGAAGGUUUGUGCAAAGCUGGGAAAAUGGAUUCCGCCAUAGAGGUCUUCUCUGAUAAGUUGCUGAGAGAAAUGAGAGAGAAAGGCUGCUCUCCAGAUGGUUGGACCUAUAACAUCAUUAUCCGAGGGUUGUUAAAUAACAAUGACGCAUCAAGGGCUAUGAGACUUAUUCAAGAAAUGGUAGAGUCAGGUUUCUCUGCAGAUGCAUCAACUGUGGAAUUGAUAGCUGGUUUAUUGUCUGAGGAUAUAGUAGAUCCAGCUUUGUUGCCAUUGUUAAACAAAUCAUUAUAA